UUUUCUUCUCACCCUGCAUAGAGGUGUGGUUGGAAGCAGCAAUAAACUACCCACCCCCUAGCAGUUUCACAGAGGUGGCCUCUUCCAGGCUCCAGUCAGAAGACAGACUAUCUGGAGGAGUCCCCAAAGAGUGUUCCAAUUGGUGGUGUGUGCCUAAGGAAGGCUUUUUCAACUAGUAGGAUGCCUGUCUGCACCUGCGGCCACCCAACUGCUGAAGAGCUCGAAGUCCAGUGCUCCGCCUUCCCCCAGGACCGUUCCCCAGUGUGAGGGCACACCUAUGCCUGUGUGUGUGCAGGUGUGCGCUGCAAGGGGGCUUGGCUUGGAACCUUGGUACAUUGUAGUGAAUUAUGGGUGCUGCAGAGGCUGGAGCAAGAUUAUGACCUAGCUUGGGGGCGGAGUGGAUUAUCUUGUGAGUGUUCUGGCUGCCAGCCAUUGCCCUGGUGGGGAAAAUUGCAUCCCCAGAUAGCUGUAAAACCACCUGGAUUGCUGCUGAGUGGAAACUGAUCCUCUGCAACAGCUUCUGCUGAUUUCCUCUGCAAAAUGGCUCACGCUGCUGCUUCUAUUAAAAAAGUUCGAGAGGCUGAACUGGAUGAAAAGGAAAAAAAUCUUGAGAGAGAGAGGAAAAAACAACGGAAAAUCCCCAGGGAACGGAUGGAACGGAAAAGAAAGUCUGACAGCAAUGCAAGCUUCCUUCGCGCUGCCAGAGCAGGCAACCUGGACAAAGUAGUGGAAUAUCUGAAGGGGGGCAUAGACAUCAACACCUGCAAUCAGAAUGGACUCAAUGCUCUCCAUCUGGCUGCCAAGGAAGGCCACGUGGGUCUGGUUCAGGAGCUGCUGGGAAGAGGGUCCUCUGUGGAUUCUGCCACUAAGAAGGGAAAUACCGCUCUUCACAUUGCAUCUUUGGCUGGACAAGCAGAAGUUGUCAAAGUUCUUGUUAAGGAAGGAGCCAAUAUUAAUGCACAGUCUCAGAAUGGCUUUACUCCUUUAUACAUGGCUGCCCAAGAGAACCACAUUGAUGUUGUAAAAUAUUUGCUGGAAAAUGGAGCUAAUCAGAGCACUGCUACAGAGGAUGGCUUCACUCCUCUGGCAGUGGCACUCCAGCAAGGACACAACCAGGCGGUGGCCAUUCUCCUGGAGAAUGACACCAAGGGGAAAGUAAGGCUGCCAGCUCUGCAUAUUGCAGCUAGGAAAGACGACACCAAGUCUGCCGCACUCCUGCUUCAGAACGACCACAACGCUGACGUACAAUCCAAGAUGAUGGUGAAUAGGACAACUGAGAGUGGAUUUACCCCUUUGCACAUAGCUGCACACUAUGGAAACGUCAACGUGGCAACUCUUCUUCUAAACCGGGGAGCUGCUGUGGACUUCACAGCCAGGAACGGAAUCACUCCUCUUCAUGUGGCUUCCAAAAGGGGAAACACAAACAUGGUGAAGCUCUUACUGGAUCGAGGCGGUCAGAUCGAUGCCAAAACUAGGGAUGGGUUGACACCACUUCAUUGUGCUGCACGAAGUGGUCAUGACCAAGUGGUGGAACUUCUGUUGGAACGGGGUGCUCCUUUACUGGCAAGGACUAAGAAUGGGCUGUCUCCACUUCACAUGGCUGCACAGGGGGACCACGUGGAAUGUGUGAAGCACUUGUUACAGCACAAGGCGCCUGUUGAUGAUGUCACCCUAGACUACCUGACGGCCCUCCACGUUGCUGCACACUGUGGCCACUACCGUGUAACCAAACUCCUUCUGGACAAGAGAGCCAAUCCAAACGCCAGAGCCCUGAAUGGUUUUACUCCACUGCACAUUGCCUGCAAGAAAAACCGCAUCAAAGUCAUGGAACUGCUGGUGAAAUAUGGGGCUUCAAUCCAAGCUAUCACAGAGUCUGGCCUCACACCAAUACAUGUGGCUGCCUUCAUGGGCCACUUGAACAUUGUCCUCCUUCUGCUGCAGAACGGAGCCUCUCCAGAUGUCACUAACAUUCGUGGGGAGACAGCACUGCACAUGGCAGCCCGGGCAGGGCAGGUGGAAGUGGUCCGAUGCCUCCUGAGAAACGGUGCCCUUGUCGACGCCAGAGCCAGGGAGGAACAGACACCUUUGCAUAUUGCCUCCCGCCUGGGUAAGACAGAAAUUGUCCAGCUGCUUCUACAACACAUGGCUCAUCCAGAUGCAGCCACUACAAAUGGGUACACACCACUGCACAUCUCUGCCCGGGAAGGCCAGGUAGAUGUGGCAUCAGUCCUCUUGGAAGCAGGAGCAGCCCACUCUUUAGCCACCAAGAAGGGUUUUACACCCCUGCAUGUGGCAGCCAAGUAUGGAAGCCUGGAUGUGGCAAAACUUCUCUUGCAACGCCGUGCUGCUGCAGAUUCUGCAGGAAAGAAUGGCCUUACCCCACUCCAUGUUGCGGCUCAUUAUGACAACCAGAAGGUGGCGCUGCUGUUACUGGAGAAGGGUGCUUCCCCUCAUGCCACUGCCAAGAAUGGCUAUACUCCUUUACACAUUGCUGCCAAGAAGAAUCAAAUGCAGAUAGCUUCCACACUCUUGAACUAUGGAGCAGAGACUAACAUUGUGACAAAGCAAGGUGUAACUCCACUCCAUUUGGCCUCGCAGGAGGGGCACACAGAUAUGGUCACCUUGCUUCUGGAUAAGGGAGCCAAUAUCCACAUGUCAACCAAGAGUGGACUCACAUCCUUACACCUUGCAGCCCAGGAAGACAAAGUGAAUGUUGCUGAUAUCCUAACUAAGCAUGGAGCUGACCAGGAUGCUCAUACAAAGCUUGGUUACACUCCUUUAAUUGUGGCCUGUCACUAUGGAAACGUGAAAAUGGUCAACUUUCUUCUGAAGCAGGGAGCAAAUGUUAAUGCAAAAACCAAGAACGGCUACACACCUUUGCACCAGGCCGCCCAGCAGGGCCACACGCACAUCAUCAACGUCCUGCUCCAGCACGGGGCCAAGCCCAACGCCACCACUGCGAAUGGCAACACUGCCUUGGCGAUUGCUAAGCGUCUGGGCUACAUCUCCGUGGUCGACACCCUGAAGGUUGUGACUGAGGAGGUCACCACCACCACCACCACUAUCACGGAAAAACACAAGCUAAAUGUUCCUGAGACGAUGACUGAGGUUCUUGAUGUUUCUGAUGAAGAGGGUGAUGACACAAUGACAGGUGAUGGGGGAGAAUACCUUAGGCCUGAGGACCUAAAAGAACUGGGUGAUGACUCACUCCCCAGCAGUCAGUUCCUGGAUGGUAUGAAUUACCUGCGAUACAGCUUGGAGGGAGGACGAUCUGACAGCCUUCGAUCCUUCAGUUCCGACAGGUCUCACACGCUGAGCCAUGCCUCCUACCUGAGGGACAGUGCCGUGAUUGACGACUCAGUUGUGAUCCCUAGUCACCAGGUGUCAAAUCUAGCCAAGGAGGCAGAAAGGAAUUCUUACCGUCUGAGCUGGGGCACUGAGCAUUUAGACAACGUGGCUCUUUCUUCCAGCCCUAUUCAUUCAGGCCGCACCUCUCCAUGUCUUGAUCGUGACAACAGCAGUUUCCUGGUUAGUUUUAUGGUGGAUGCCCGAGGCGGUGCUAUGCGAGGAUGCAGACACAAUGGGCUCAGAAUCAUUAUUCCACCUCGGAAAUGCACUGCCCCAACGCGUGUCACCUGCCGACUGGUCAAACGCCAUAGAUUGGCGACAAUGCCUCCAAUGGUGGAAGGAGAGGGCCUGGCCAGUCGCCUGAUCGAAGUCGGACCUUCUGGUGCUCAGUUCCUUGGUAAACUUCACCUGCCAACGGCUCCUCCCCCACUUAAUGAGGGAGAAAGUUUGGUCAGCCGCAUCCUUCAGCUGGGGCCUCCUGGAACCAAAUUCCUUGGGCCUGUGAUCGUGGAGAUCCCUCACUUUGCGGCCCUUCGAGGAAAGGAGAGGGAACUGGUGGUCCUGCGCAGUGAGAAUGGGGACAGCUGGAAAGAGCAUUACUGCGAAUACACUGAAGACGAAUUGAAUGAAAUCCUUAAUGGCAUGGAUGAAGUGCUGGAUAGCCCAGAAGACCUAGAAAAGAAACGCAUCUGCCGCAUCAUCACCCGUGACUUCCCACAGUACUUUGCAGUGGUGUCACGUAUCAAACAGGACAGCAACCUGAUUGGCCCAGAGGGAGGCGUGUUGAGCAGCACAGUGGUGCCCCAAGUGCAGGCCGUCUUCCCAGAGGGGGCACUAACCAAGCGGAUCCGCGUAGGCCUGCAGGCUCAACCUAUGCACACUGAGCUGGUUAAGAAGAUCCUAGGCAACAAAGCUACCUUCAGCCCUAUAGUCACAUUGGAACCUAGAAGAAGAAAAUUCCAUAAGCCAAUUACCAUGACUAUUCCUGUCCCCAAAGCUUCAAGUGAUGUUAUGUUGAAUGGUUUUGGGGGAGAUGCACCAACCUUAAGAUUACUAUGCAGCAUAACAGGUGGAACCACUCCUGCUCAGUGGGAAGAUAUUACAGGAACUACGCCAUUAACAUUUGUCAAUGAAUGUGUUUCCUUUACAACCAACGUGUCUGCCAGGUUCUGGCUGAUAGAUUGUCGACAGAUCCAGGAAUCUGUUACCUUUGCAUCACAAGUGUACAGAGAAAUUAUCUGUGUACCUUACAUGGCCAAAUUUGUAGUGUUUGCCAAAUCACAUGACCCCAUUGAAGCCAGGUUGAGAUGUUUCUGCAUGACUGAUGAUAAAGUGGAUAAGACCCUUGAACAACAAGAAAACUUUGCUGAGGUGGCCAGAAGCAGGGAUGUGGAGGUAUUAGAAGGAAAACCCAUCUAUGUUGAUUGUUUUGGCAACCUGGUGCCAUUAACCAAGAGUGGCCAACAUCAUAUAUUCAGUUUUUUUGCCUUCAAAGAAAACAGACUUCCUCUCUUUGUCAAGGUACGAGAUACCACUCAGGAACCUUGCGGACGACUAUCAUUUAUGAAGGAGCCAAAAUCCACAAGAGGCCUGGUGCAUCAAGCUAUUUGCAACUUAAACAUCACCCUGCCGAUUUAUACAAAGGAAUCAGAGUCAGAUCAAGAACAGGAGGAAGAGAUCGAUAUGACAUCAGAAAAAAAUGCACAGGAUGAGCAAGAACGGAUCGAGGAAAGGCUGGCUUAUAUUGCUGAUCACCUUGGCUUCAGCUGGACAGAAUUAGCAAGAGAACUGGAUUUUACUGAGGAGCAAAUUCAUCAAAUUCGAAUUGAGAACCCAAACUCUCUUCAAGACCAGAGUCAUGCACUAUUGAAGUACUGGCUAGAAAGGGAUGGGAAACAUGCUACAGAUACCAGCCUCAUUGAAUGUCUCACCAAGAUCAACCGAAUGGAUAUUGUUCAUCUGAUGGAGACCAGCACAGAACCUCUACAGGAGCGCAUCAGUCAUAGCUAUGCAGAAAUUGAACAGACCAUUGCACUGGAUCAUAGCGAAGGGUUCUCAGUCCUUCAGGAGGAGCUACGCACUGCACAGGACAAGCAGACAGAGGAGCAAGCUGUUUCUAAAGAAAGCGAGCCCUGUGAUCACCCUCCCAUCGUCUCCGAGGAAGACAUUUCUGUCGGUUAUUCCACUUUUCAGGAUUCCAUCCCCAAAACUGAGGGGGACGGCUCAGUAACAGCACCUUUUCCCCAAACUCAUGAGGAGCAAGUUCAACAGGAUUUCUCAGGGAAAAUGCAAGACCUGCCUGAAGAGUCAUCUCUUGAAUAUCAGCAGGAAUACUUUGUGACAACCCCAGGAACAGAAGUGUCAGAGACUCAGAAGGCUACAGUAGUACCUGACUCUCCCAGCAAGACACCUGAGGAAAUUAGUACCCCUCCUGAGGAGGAGCGGCUGUACCUCCAGACCCCACCAUCGAGCGAGCGCAGAGGCUCUCCCAUUGUACAAGAACCUGAGGAGCCCCCAGAGCACAGACAGGAGAGUUCUCCACGGAAAACCAGCCUCGUGAUAGUGGAGUCUGCUGAUGACCAACCACCGACCUUUGAAAGACGCGAUGAAGAUGCAGCAUUUGAAAAGGGAGAUGAUAUGCCUGACAUACCCCCUGAAACAGUCACAGAAGAAGAAUACGUUGAUGAGCAUGGACACACCGUGGUGAAGAAGGUUACUAGGAAAAUCAUUAGGCGGUAUGUAUCCUCUGAAGGCACAGAGAAAGAAGAGAUUACAAUGCAGGGAACGCCACAGGAACCUGUCAACAUCGAGGAAGGGGAUGGCUAUUCCAAAGUUAUAAAGCGCGUCAUAUUGAAGAGUGACAUUGAACAGUCAGAGGUAACGUUGUCUGAGCCCAGCAUUUUGUCCAGUACCUCACAAUUUCAGGCUGAACCAGUGGAAGGCCGUAGAGUCAGCAAAGUUGUUAAAACAACUAUGGUACGUGGAGAGAGGAUGGAGAAACAUCUGGGGGAUUCUAGCUUAGCCACUGACCUUCCUUCAGCCAAAGAUGACUUUGAAGAGGACAACAAUGAGUAAAGCCAGUACACAGAAGAGGGCUGUGGUGAAGGACCAGCCUGGAAAACGCAUUGUCUUGGAGCACCUGGAGGAUGUACCAGAAGCACUAGACCAGGAUGACCUCCAGCGCGACCUCCAGCAGCUCCUUCGGCAUUUCUGCCAGGAGGACUUGAAGCAAGAGGCCAAAUGAGGGGCUGCCUAAUUCUCACACAGAAACCACACAUUCACUCAAUAUGCAAUUUCCCAUUUUGGUAGAGGCGUGACCUAAAACUGACCUAAUUUAUGGGAUACCCUGACAUUUCCACUGUUAGCAAAUAUACUCCAUUCAUUUUAGUUUUCCCCCAUCCUCUUUAACUAUAAGCUAAUUUGUGACCAAAGAUAGCAUCCUUCAUUCUGGGUGCUGUAUCCACUACUUUGUUGUGUCUGUGCUAACCUGGGAACUGGCCACUUCCAUUGAUCCUUGCUUCUGCAAAAGCUCCAUGAAAAUCCAUUGAUCAGAAGAACUUCACCUGCAGACCUCUUCAAAUGACAAUGUAUAGAAAUCCUUCAAAGGGAUAUCCUUGUACAAUGUAUAUAGCUGAAAUGCUCAGAUGAACAACAUAUUAAAAUUAAAACCACUGCCUAUUAUAACUACACUGGGCAUCACGGAAUAAAAAUCCUCUAGAAAUUGCCGAACGAUGGUUAAUUAAGAUAUUGCUAACACAAUCAAAUGAUAAUACAGUUCUGCAAAAGAAGCACUUCACACCUACCAUGUCCUUAGAACUUCCAGAGUAGCCACUGCUCCUAGUUAAAGAUGGGUUAAUAACCUUGAAGAACUGCCCUAAAUAAGAAGUGAUUGCUGGUGCUGGCCAGCUAUGAUCUAUGACUCCAACAGCCACUCUGAGGGCGGGGAAGAAAGGAGCAGAAGGCAAGCGGAAUGAGACUGAGCUAUUCCAUUGCUAGCAGCUACAUCCUGUGGCAUUCUAGCAUCUUCAGGUCUUCUAGAUUUCGGACACGUUGGCAGGGUAUUUUAAAAGCUAUAACUACUGUAGUUUUCCAGUUUUCAUUGCUGCUUUAGCAAACCACACUGUCUUACUGGUGGUUCUUUCUUCUGGCCACUGCACUGUAGAUAAUUCAUUGGAAACAAGAUCUCCCUAUUACAUAAACUCCUUCACUAUGUUGGAGUGGUUUCUUUUUUCUUUUUUUUCUUUUCUAGGUUUCUAUCUUCUCUAAUACCUGCAUGUGGCAUUUAAAAAUCAAAGUCACAGUCAAAAACCCCUCUUCUAGUCACAUUAAUGUUUUUUUUUUUUGUUUUUUUUUUUACCCUGAGUGAGCACUUUUCACUUUCCAGCUAGGUCUGUUUUUCAGCUUGCAGACAAGAUUGAGAAAUCCCUGAAAAUUUGGUUUUGGUUAAAAGUUUUGGUUUAUUUAUCUGAAAUCCCAAAUCCCUUGGAAACUCUUAAGUGCUUUGUGCACUUUCGUAUUUGUUUCAAAGAAGGGAUUAUAACAUUCUGAGUGAUUCCCAUGUCCUAUUCCUUAUCCCUCUAGUGGUUGAAGCUGUGUAGCAUUUUAACAUAUAUAUAUUCACAAAUAUAUUCAUAUAAACAGUAUACAUUUUGGAUCAGUUAUUUGUUAAAGAAAAGUAUAUUCAAUGAAAAUGAAAUUUUAAAAAGAUACAGAGUCUAUCCUCCAGGGAUUGAACGUUUUCCAAUUAUCUGGUCUUUUCCUGUUGUGCAAAAAUGACUCAUUGCUCCGAAUGUCAAAAACAAAUGCAACCAACAAUGGCACUUCAUUAUUUAGAGCAAUGUUGCCAAGAGAGAAAAUUUCCUGGGAGGGAGGCUUCCCACAAGCCAAAUCUCCUAAACCUCAAAUGCUAGCACUUUUUGGCAGUUGGAUAGGAAAUAAAACAUUCUUUGGCAGCCAAAAUGAGAGAGGCCCAUGGUGAAACUUUUUGAAACACACUAUGGCCUUCUUGUCAAAACCUUCACUGGAGCUCAAGAGAAGCAUUUCUGUUGUGUUAUAUUGCAGUGCAGAUGAUGUCUGUGUAACAGCAUAAUGGUUAUUCACCUUUUUUUGAUUUUGAUUUUUGCUGUGUUAUCAAAAAACUUGAAUACUGUGAGAAGAAGUGAAUUUUCAGUUGAUGAAUCAGCAUCUUGUUCCCAUGGUGAUAACACUAAUUGAAUAUAUCUAUGAGGGCAUGUAUUAGUUAAUGGAAAAAAAUACAACACUAACAAUACAUAGCUGCAAUGUGUACAAUGGCUGAUUUAAUUAAAUAAAAUGUACAAGUGUUAAAUGUGG